UCGUGGAGAAGUGCCGCAAGUGUUCUGACAGAAUUAUUCCGGUUGGAUACGGCAGCACAUCGGGUUUAAAUCACUCGAAACAUCAUGGGAAAUCGAUAUAUCGAAUAUAUUCGUGACUUGAGACUUUUUAUCGAGCUGUUGGAGGUGGUUUAAGACUUUGGGGGGUCGCUGGAUUUUUUCUUCGCCGUUUUGGGGGGUGGUUUUUCCCUUCUUCUGGCGUUUUCUUUUUUUUUUUUUCUUUUCUUUUUGAUGUGACAGUUGAGAGAGUGCGGCGGGACGUGUCUGACAAUAUAAAGGGGUGUUUUUAGAAUGAAGACUUUACUCGUGAUGAGCGUUAUUGCGCUCGUUGGAGGUGAACUCGUCGUCAGUGACGUGGAUGAACCGAUACCUAUGGAAACCGUGUCAGCAGUCUCGGGUUACAAGGGACGACUGCCCUGUGAUAUAGUUCCCCCCCAGAGGAAUGAUUCAGUGGUGAUGAUUCUCUGGUACCGUGAGUUCACCAGUAAGCAACCAAUCUUCAGUGUUGAUGCACGAAAAAGUGGUCUCGAUGAUGAUGCACCGAGAUGGUCUGAUCCCAAGGCCUUCGGUGGCCGAGCUGUAUUGAGGAUAAAUCGAGAAUUCGCUCAAUUAGAGAUUGAACUCGUACAGGACACCGAUGCUGGUGUCUACAGGUGCAGAGUUGAUUUCAGAAACAGUCCCACGAAGAGCCAAAAAGUUAAUUUUACUGUUAUCGUACCACCGGGAAAACCUGUGAUAUACAUCGGUCCAGAUCGGCGUCAAUCAAAGCAAUCACCAGUUCUCUACGAGGACGGCCCUCUCACUCUCAUCUGCGAAGUAACCGGAGGAUCACCACCUCCGAGAGUGAUCUGGUACUUGGGUGAUAAAAAAUUGGAUGACACCUACGACCACGUCACCGAUGAGGUGACAGUCAACGAACGCGUCAUCACGAGACUCCCGAGGGAAUACGCCACCAGUAAAAUAUCCUGCAGAGCCUCGAAUACAGAUCUCAUCAGCGCCAGCAUCACUGAUCUGCAUCUGAAUGCCAAUUUAAAACCUCUGGUGGUAAAUAUCACGAAUAAGCAGAAUCACCUAUUGGCUCUUCAGCAGACGUACGAGAUUGAGUGCGUGACUUCGGGUUCGAAGCCCGUAGCAAUAAUCACCUGGUGGAAAGGCUCGCACCAGGUCAAGCAUAUGGCUAAACAAUUCACGGACACUGGAAACGUGACGAGGAGUAUCCUGAGUUACGUAGCAACGAUUGAGGACGAUGGAAAAUUUUUAACCUGUCGAGCUGAGAACCUGGAUGUACCGGACGGUGCACUGGAGGAUAAAUGGAAGCUCGUCGUUCAUUAUGUACCAGUUGUUACCAUUACACUUGGCUCUGGUUUACGUGCGAAUGACAUAAGCGAAGGUGACGACUUGUAUUUUGACUGUGACGUUAAGGCCAACCCGGAGGCAUACAAGCUCGGAUGGUUCAAGGAUGGUAGAGAGCUGCAUCAGAAUGUCAGCGCUGGUAUUAUACUUCCUGGUGGUAAAUCACUGGUUCUUCAGAGUGUUAACCGUGCCUCAGCUGGGGAAUACGCCUGCACCGCUGUCAAUGCUGAGGGAUCUUCCACCAGUCGACCUGUCAUGCUGGAAGUUAUGUAUGCUCCAAUUUGCAAAGAUGGGGCUGCUAUUCAGGUCGUUGGUGCCCUCAAGCCAGAAACAAUAACUUUGGUGUGUGGGGUACAAGCAAAGCCUCCACCGACGAUGUUUUACUGGUCGUUUAAUAAUUCCGGGGAGUUAUCGGUGCCCGGGGAUCGUUAUGGUCCCAGCAAACCCUCGCGUAUUACGAAUCAAUGGCACGGAGAACGAGUUAAAUACACCCUCAAUGAUGACCGUGAAUAUGGUAUGGUUUCCUGUUGGGCGGAGAAUUCUAGGGGAAAGCAAAAAACCCCCUGUCUCUUCCAGAUAAUCCAGGCUGGAAGACCCUAUCCCCUGCAGAAUUGCUCAACCGCACAAUCUACUGGACCCUAUGGCUAUCGCACGAACCACGAGGAAUCAAAGCCCCAGGAAUCCACCGAUGCGGAAUGGCUGAUAGUGCGCUGCACAGAAGGUUUUGAUGGUGGCCUACCCCUCACAAGUUUCGAGCUUGAAGUUUGGAGCGAGGAAAAUGCUUACCACAUCAACACAAUCCACUUCAACCGCACCGAACGCCUUCCUGGCCAGCGCCAUCAGGGCCCCAUUUUCGAAGUGGUGGGCCUAGAACCCGGACGAAACUACAAACUACUCGUCUACGCAGUCAAUGCCAAAGGCAAGAGUGAACCAGUUGUUCUAUCCUCCAUUACCCUCAAGGGAGUGGCCAUGUACGCGACUGGUCGAGGUUCAACGGACAAAGACUCGGACUACAGUCUCCUGAUCGCGUGUUUUGCAGGUGGUAUAACAGCAGUGUGCAUCCUAGUGGUGGGUGUUACAGUGACCCUUUACCGUCGAAACAACGCAACUCGUCCCAUAAAAAGCCAAAUGCACGUAGUACACUGCGAUGAUAAGGAGGACGAUGGUAAUUCGUCGACAAUGGAGAAGUCCCACGAUUUUGUGAAGGAAGUCAAGCCAACAGCGAGAUUCAAGGAUCCCCGAGAGUCACCGAUAAUCGACAGCAACGAGGACAAUCCUGACGUGAUACCGAGUAAACUCGGUAAUUUCUCAGCAAAACCUGAGCGCGCGAAAGAUUUUACCGAGGUAGAGGGUGAUUAUCCAUCACCAGCUUCUGUUCUCCAUGGAAAGGACACCUGGAUCUAUCCAAAUGGCUACGUUGAAAGACCAGAUGCCACAAGUCCAAUUCGUCCUAGUACUCUGUCAGUUCAUCGCAGUCACGACAUAUACACGAGAAGUCUGAGGGUUCAGGAGAGUUGUAUAUAAUAAACAGAGAAUUAUUUCUAUGAUAUUUAACUUGAUAUCAAUGAUAACCGCGAAUGAAUGAAUGAGACUCCCGACAUGAUGACUCUCAUCGAACAAUCCACGAAGCAUCCUCGGUACUUGAUGAUGCUGCUUCGA